AUGAUGUUACCACACCGUGACAAAUGGGACGUCCACUACGCCAACAUGAACGUUGAUGAAAUGGUAUACAUUGGGAGGGACGUGUUUGUAAUUGUCGCCUCAACGCUUUCACUCUACAAUGCCAUCGAGCUUCUUACUCUCAUCUUUCUGACGUUCAAACGAAGAGCCGGCCUUUAUUUCUGGAGUAUACUGUUCGCAUCAUUCGGCAUUUUACCGUACUGCUUGGGAUGGUUCAUAACUUACUUCGACUUGACGCACGACUAUGUGGGCAUGAUUAUUGAGACCGUCGGCUGGGUUCUUGUGAUAUCGGGUCAAUCUAUUGUUCUGUACUCUCGUCUACACCUGAUUCUAACCGAUGUCUUCAUCCUGCGUACGGUACUAACUGUGAUUAUCGUCAACGGUCUAAUCUGGCACACAACUAUGACGGUAUUACUCUUUGGAUCAGAAUACAGCCCGAGAGAAAACCGGCGCGGCUUCAAUAAUGUCUUCAACAUCGCAGAAAAGAUCUCGAUGAGCUGCUUCUACUUACAAGAGAUAGCCAUCUCGGGUUUAUACUUGUGGAAAUCGAUGGAUAUUCUUAAGACCGCAUUUGGCAACACACGAACCAUGCUAUACAGGCUUUUCGCCAUCAGCAUAGCCAUAGUGAUAAUGGACAUCGCUAUGGUCAUCAUCGAACUAAUGGACUUUUACGUGUGGGAACAUGGCGUCAAAUUAGUCACAUACUCGAUCAAACUCAAGCUCGAGUUCGCCGUGCUAGGCGAGCUCAUCGAAUUUGUCCGAAAUCGCAGUGGGACACGAACCCGUCCGACGAAACCAUCACAGGACCAAAGUACCCUUGUCCCACUAUCUUCGAUGCACAGAGGCAACACGAAGGCGACAGUCAACAUGCCGGACCGCAUUUACACUGGCGAUACACAUACGAACACGACUAUCGCUGCUACACCUGUGAGGCCUGAGAGACCUGAAAAUACGGCUCGCGACAGGAUACAUGUUGUUCGUGAGGUUGACGUGGAGAGUUUGACGGCAUAUCCUAGGAAUGAGGGGAGCAGGGAGGAAUUGUUUCGUAUGCAGGAUCAGCUUCCGCCAGAAUUGAUGCCUAGAGCGUUAUAG